ACUAUGAGUCACGUGACCGGUUUCGCUGCCGACAUUUUGCUCCAGGUUUGAUCUAGUCGAUUUUUUUCGCGCAAAACAGCUGAACUGAUGAAGAGACAUGGAUAAUUUAAAUUCAAAAUUUCUUUAUCAGUUCUUACAAGCAAUUCACUUGAAAAAUAAAGAGGCCCUAUUGUUUUAUAAUCCUAUAAAUAAAUCAUAGGGAAUAAAUGCUUGUUUUCACAAAGAUGGCGACAUUACAUUAAAAAAAAAAGACAUUAUUUACAUAUAUUUAUAUGUAUGUGUAUAUAUCUUUAGAUGUAAUAGUCAUUACUAGAGAUUAAUUACAGAAGACUUAUAAGAUUAUAUAUCUAAAUUAUAAUAAUAAAAAACCCUAGAUAGGUCACCUGGAAGGAUCAAAUCAGUGCGGGUGUUAUUUAAAAUAAUGGAAGUUAUUAACGAAAUGAUCGGCAACCUUUCUAAUUCAUUGCAAAAUUUGGACGAAAUGCUUCGUGUAGAGGCAAUUGAUUGCUUAGAGAAUCUAUUAUUAAAGACACUAUCAGAAUUCACAAGAAAAAAAAUGACCAUUAAUUACUACAGCUUAAUGAAUAAUGAUACUGAUAAGGAAAUAACGGUCGAUUCAUUAUCAAUGGCUAUAACGGAAUAUCUAAAAGAGGAUAAACCGAUUAAGGAACUAAUUGUCUAUAAUUUAGCCGAAUCGAAAACAAUUGUUGAAGAAAUGGAUAUUGAUAAGAGUGAUACUGGAAAAAUCGAAUUAAUAUUAAACGAGGAAGAAAUGAACGAGGAAGAAGAAGAAGAGGAGGAGGAGGAGGAAGAGGAAAAAGAAGGGGAAGUCGAUUGCGUUAUCAACCGGAGUGGUAUAUGCCAGGAAGAAGAGGAGGAAGAUGUAGCCAUUAGGCGUAAAAAACGUAGGCAUACAGUCGGAUUUAAUUAUUCGGAAGAAUGCGGAGAAGGCAUGGGUUAUACAUCAUUUAUUGAGCCAGGACCGUAUAAUUGUAUUCUGUGUGCGGAUGUAGUAUGCUCAAAUGCUAAUCACUACUUAGCUCAUAUGCAGCAAGAUCAUACAAUAGAAAAAGGAGAUAGGCAAUACCUUACCUGCAACAAAUGCAGUAAAGAGAUGAUUGUGCAUAAAACGUGCAAGAAUGGACCAGGGAAGGAUACUCUGUAUAGGCAAGCCUUUAUUAGGCUUUGUCAACAUGUAAUUUCUUAUCACGAUCAUCAACUGCCUACGUAUCUAAAGCUCUAUACAUGUAGACUAUGCGGUUACGAAACUGUUGUUAGACCAAAUUAUAGGAAACACAGCGAUUACUGUAAAAGGCAAACAGGACAGAAUACAAUACAGCAAUUAGUCACUGUAAAUAAGGCUGCUAAAGCCCUUAUUCAGGAGAAAACGGGAAUGAAGAAAUCCGAUUCUUAUGCCGGCCCUAUUUUUGAUCUGAAUUCCGAGAGUUUUCCGUGUUUUCUAUGUAAGGACGUAUGCAAAAAUGAAGACAGUUUAUUCGAUCAUAUUCUUAGUAAACAUUCUGAAGAAACUGAUACAAAACCUAGAUCGUCAAAGACUAAAUCAAUCACUUGUUAUAAAUUUAAAUGCACUUGGUCUAAUUGUACUCAAUCAUAUACAUCAAGAACUGUAACGGCUUCAAUAAAGGAGAGCGUCUCAAAGUUAUUGUCACACUGCAUUAAAGUGCAUCUUAUAGAUAUACCAAGCUACGCCAGGAUAUACGAGUGCGAUAUUUGUAGGGAAAGAAUACUGUUACAAAUGUCGAAACAGCACGUUCAGAAACAUUUAGCCGACACAACGUUGGUAAUGUGCGAUGCCUGUGCGGCGUUCAUUAAACCAUCAAUGCUAGAAAAGCAUAAAGAGAAAUGUAACGCUUCAGCGGAAAUUCAGGACGAUUUGUUCGACAUUAGAGAAUCUGAAAGCGACAGUGAUGACGAGCAAAUGUUAAGAAAGGAAGAGAAUCAGGUACUCUAUGUAAAAGGAGUUUUCAUUGAUCAAGGACCAUUCCAAUGUUUCAUUUGUCUUGAGGAAGAGCAAAGUCUUAGCCUUUUUGUUCAACAUUUUGAAAAAGAACAUUAUAACAAUAGAAAAUUGGAUUGCUUACAAUGUAACUUCUCUAUUAACGUUCCCAAGGAAACAAAUAAGGGACCAGCUUAUACCUCCCUUUUUAAACAAAGUAUUGCAUCCCUGUUAAAUCAUUAUGUUAUCAAGCAUGAUCGCUUAGUACCGACUUACGCCAAGGUCUACAGGUGUUCUCAUUGCUCGUACGUUACGCUAUCCAGAGGUUCGUGGAGGAAGCACCAGAUGACAUCUCACGCCAAUAAAUCCGAUUUUCUAACCGAGUUGAAAAGGCAGAGUGAAAAUCUUGCGGACACCCUAAGUAAAAAAUCGUCUAUUUUCCAAAAUAUGACUAUUAGAUGCUUCUUUUGCGAAGAUGAAAAUUCAUUUGUCGGCCAUGAGAAUGAUGUUUUAGAGCAUAUUUUGAGAAAUCAUACUGCUAGAGUAGACGCUGAAACUUGUGUUAUUGGCUGUCCACAUUGCGACCGUCUUUUUACAACGAAACCAUAUUUAGAAGACUUACGUUUAGCAGUCGCUAGAUUUCUAGCUCACGUUACUGGAUCUCAUUCGUUUAGUUUACCCAAAUCGUGUCUUAAUUUUUAUGAAUGCAACUCUUGCGAUUAUCAAACAAUCGUUUAUACGGCGAUGAAACGUCAUACUAUACGACAUUGUUUUGCCGCCCAAUGUGAACAUUGCUCCCAAUGGGUGAGAGCUUCAGAAAUGGCAGCUCACAAACGAAAGCAUAACUCGGCAAAAUCGGCUGCCGCAGUUGCGGCUGCAGCAGCUUCUUCAUCAGCCUCUAAUGACAGCGUCAUUUGCCCUUUGUGUAAUAAAAGAUAUCCAAAUCAGGACGCCGUUAAGGUACAUCAAAGGCGUAUGCACGAAGGGAAACGUAAUUACGAAUGUACCAAUUGCGGUGCAAGUUUCUUUGGCAAAGCUGAAUGGUUGGGGCAUAUGUGGGUUAGGCAUAAAAUAAACGCUUCCGGACGACCACCUUUGACCUGCGAUGUAUGUCAAUAUAAAACUGUUAUAAGAGAUCUCAUGAAUAAGCAUAAGAAACAUCACGAUUUUGGUCAGUUUAAGUGCAAUCACUGCGAAAGAAUUUUAAAUACGAAGGCUCAAUACGAAGUUCAUAUGCGAAGGAAUCAUCCACAGAAUAGUGCAGGAAAUAAUCAAUUAAUUAAAUGUACAAUAUGCAAUUAUACAACUGGGGAUAGGACUAAAUUACAUCGACACGUUCAACAUUCUCAUCCAAAUGUUCAAUUUCAAUGUAGAUAUUGCGCAUUUCGACAUGUCGAUCAGGAUAGUGUCGUUAAACAUGAGUCGAGAAUGCAUAAAAUUUUACAGCAACCGGUCGAUCCGCAAUUAUUCGCCACGGAAAUGGCGCCGUCCGUUUUCGAUAUCGACCGGGAACAGGAUGCUAUUAAUCAGCAGAAUGUCAUACUAUUCCAAGCCGGUGACGGAGUUGGUGAAAUAGUCCUAGAUGAAACCGAAGCUCAAAAUAACCAAGUAUUAAAUUUUGAACAGGUAAUAAUCGAAGGAAAUUUUACUUGA